AUGAGUCAAGAUAACGACACCCCAGAGGACCGUCUUGACGUCGCCUACCUGAUCGAGGGCGCAUUUCAACUUGAAGCGUAUGAGUUUGGGAAGUCUCUUAUACCGUUUCUGAAGGAUGAGUCGACUGCUACAGGCGGCAAGUUCAUCGUCAUGCUGAAAAACUACGAUUCUUAUUGGGAUGCCCAAAAAAAUAAACUAGAGAGUGUUCCCCAACGUCGCCUCCAGUAUGUUUUACUCUUCUCCGAGGCCAUAAACCAUUCAGGGUUUCUCCGAGAUACACAAGAGGUUGUGGACGCACUUUCCAAAGAGUUGAAUGCUCAUUUCGAACGACAGCAGUUGCUAUGCCACAACUGGCGAUUCGCUGCCCGCAACGCCCUUCAGCGCACGUCAGCGCUAUUGCCGGCGCUAUGCCCCCGCCACGGUCCCGCCACGGGCACCUGUCCGGGCAUCGCUACAGGCAUCGAUCGAAUCAGGCCCAGCGCUCCACCUCCAUCGCGCACCUCCACGAUGGCACCCGCUGCAGCAGAGCCCCAGAAGCCCAUUCGUCACGCCUGCUCCAGCCCCGGCCAUGAUGCGACUGCAUCGAGACUUAUCUCUUAUCUAUUUCUCCUCUCACCACCGCCUUCGCUUAUGUACUUGGACUUGCACCUCCGUCAACAACAACGAGGACCAAAUCUCCAGACCAUCACAGACGAGAAUCUCUUCUUCUUUUUCCCUUCUCUUCCAUCCUCACUCGCCGAGGCUAAUCGCAGAAGAGAAGAGGGGCCAACUCUAUCUCGCAGCGCCACCAAACUCGCCGUUAGCCUGCUAGGCUCCGAAGGAAGAUUGAACGCGCCCAUCCAAUCCUCUUCCUCUGCAUCUGCCGCCUUCACCUACAAUGCCAUCGCAUCGUCCCUCAGAUCCUCGCCAACACCGUCUCCGAGUCCGCUGACGCGACCGACAAUGCAAUAGAAAAGAAAAAAG